AGGAUCUUUGGUUGGACUGGAAUUUUAAUCUUGGCAAUGGUUUUCUUGAAGUCUUUACUUAGAACACCCUGUCGCAACCUGUUCUUUAGAGCCAGUUUCUUGAAAGCCUCAGGGUGUAUUGGGAAGAAUACCACACGCAAUAUGUCAGUCCAUCUGUUCAAUGAAGCUGACCACGCUGAGUUGUACCAGAAGUAUCGCCCAACUUAUGGUCCAGAGCUGGCAGAGAAAAUAGUGACAUUUGUCAGGGAAAAGCUGAAAACCACACCCCUGGACCAGGCUGUUGACAUUGGUUGUGGAUCUGGCCAGAGCACGGUGAUCCUGGCACCACACUUUCAGCGGGUCACGGGCAUCGAUGUCAGCGAGUCUCAGGUUGCCAUAGCAGCAGCGCAAAACAAACUCAGUAAUGUCCAAUACAGAGUUGGAGGUGCUGAGCACAUUCCUCUUCCUGACUCCAGUGUAGAUCUGGUCACCUGUGGGACCUCAGCCCAUUGGUUUGACUUUCCCAAGUUCCACAAAGAGCUGGACCGUGUUCUAAGACCUCUUGGCUGUCUGGCCAUCUACUGUUAUAGCAUAAACUAUCUCAGCUAUAAGGACGUUACUCAAGAACUGAAUAGAAUUUUUGAUGAGUUUUACUUUGGUCCCAUUCAUGACUACUGGCAUGAAAAGCGGUGGCAUGUUGACGACAAGUAUCAACGCAUUCCAAUGCCUUACGAGGGUUAUGUCAGGGAUGACUCCAUGACUAUAGAGAUGGAUUACACCUUGCCUGGGUAUAUCGGCUACCUGUCCACUUGGUCAUCAUACAGGGAAUACUGCAAGCGCAAUCCUGAUGACAAAGGUGCCAUUCUGCAGAACCUACAACAGAGGUUGUAUGAAGCCACCAAGACAACCAAACCACCAGAGGAAGUGAUCAUACAUGCAUCUUAUCCUGUUGUCUUACUCAUGGCCAGGAAACCACACGAGGAACAAACAUCAUCAUAAGCAGAUUUCCCUAUAAUUCUGAGGGAUUCCAGCUCAUUGA